UCUACUUUUGUUGUGGAAAAUUAAAAUUUAGCUACUAAGAUAAUGUAUAGCUAACACUUACUUUUUCUAGUAAUUACGAAGAAAUGAAAUCGAAAAUUUAAAAAGGAAUGAGCUGAGAAAUCAAAAUGCAGAACAUUGCAAAGAUGAUAACAGAACAACUACGGAACCCAAAUGAACUGGAUAUUAGCCUACGAAUGGAGUUUGGACCCUUUGAGACUGUUCACAAAUGGAAACGCAUGUCUGAAUGCUAUGAAUUUGUGGGUGCCAAGCGUAGCAAACACACAGCAAUCGCUUAUAAAGAUGCAAUAUAUGUGUUUGGAGGUGACAAUGGAAAGUCAAUGUUGAAUGAUCUGAUCAGGUUUGAUAUAAGAGAGAAAUCAUGGACUAAAAUGGGCUGUAUGGGUAUACCUCCAGCCCCAAGAUAUCAUCAUUCAGCUGUGGUACAUCGUUCAUCAAUGUUUGUGUUUGGAGGCUACACUGGUGAUAUACUGGCAAACUCGAAUCUAACAAAUAAAAACGAUCUUUUUGAGUACAAGUUCCAGAAUGCACAAUGGGUGCGGUGGAAGUUUACUGGACAGGAGCCAGUACCAAGAUCAGCACACGGAGCUGCUGUAUAUGAUGACAAGCUAUGGAUCUUUGCAGGUUAUGAUGGGAAUGCCCGUCUUAACGACAUGUGGACUAUCGAUUUAGUGGGAGAAACUCAUCAAUGGGAAAAAGUGGAACAGAAAGGCGAAUGCCCUCCUACAUGUUGCAACUUCCCUGUGGCUGUUGCUCGAGGGAAGAUGUUUGUAUUCAGUGGACAAAGUGGUGCUAAGAUUACCAAUGCCCUUUUCCAAUUCGACUUUGAAAGUCGCAUUUGGACCAGGGUGUGUACGGAGCAUCUGCUGAGGUGUGCGGGGCCGGCCCCGGCGCGGCGCUAUGGGCACGUAAUGGCGGCGCACGGGCGACAUCUGUACGUGUUUGGGGGGGCAGCCGAUAACACGUUGCCCGCCGAUUUGCACUGUUACGAUCUCGAUACGCAGAUUUGGUCAGUCGUAAAUCCGGCUCCCGAUUCGCAAGUACCAUCAGGGCGACUGUUCCACGCGGGCGCUGUCGUUGGCGACGCCUUGUACAUCUUCGGUGGCACUGUCGAUAACAACGUUAGAAGCGGAGAACUGUUUCGAUUUCAGCUGUCCGACUACCCUCGUUGCACCUUGCACGAGGACUUCGGUCGCAUUCUGAAGUCGCAGCAGUUCUGCGACGUAACGUUACUGGUCGGAGACGAACAGACACCAGUACUAGCGCACCAAGCCAUGCUGGCUGCCAGGUCUCAGUACCUCAGGACCAAAAUAAAGGAAGCCCGUGAGGAACUAUUGAGUAAGAUAGAAUCGGGCGAAGAGGCGGCCUCAAAUCCGUAUUCGUACGACUCCCCGCCGCAGCUCACUGUAACACUCACCGAGGCCACACCAGAGGCGUUCAAUAUGGUACUCGACUACAUAUACACGGAUAGGAUUGACCCCACAGAGAAAGACGAGGACCCAGCGUCGCCGGCCACGAUCCUGCUGGUGAUGGAGGUGCUGCGGCUGGCGCUGCGGCUGAGCAUCCCGCGGCUGCGCGGCCUGUGCGCCCGCUUCCUGCGAGCCAACCUGUGCGCCACCAACGUGUUGCAGGCGCUGCACGCCGCGCACCACGCCGCCCUGCACUGCAUCAAGGAAUAUUGUCUCAGGUUCGUAGUGAAAGACUACAACUUCACGCCCAUCGUGAUGUCGCCUGAGUUCGAACAGCUGGAGCAGAGCUUGAUGGUGGAGGUGAUCAGGAGGCGGCAGCAGCCGUCGUCCAAACAGGCAGCCCCGCACGACUCUGACGAUGAGAUCACGGGCACGACACUGGAGCAGGACAUGUGCGGGCUGGCGGGCGCGGGCGGCGCGGCGCUGAGCGACGUGCGGCUGCGCGCGGCGUCGCACGAGCGGCCCGCGCACCGCUCCAUCCUGGCCGCGCGCGCCGCCUACUUCGAGGCCAUGUUCCGCUCCUUCUCGCCGCGAGACAACAUCGUCAAUAUACAGAUAUGCGACACAAUUCCGUCGGAGGCAGCGUUCGACUCUCUCCUGCGCUACAUCUACUACGGCGACACGAAUAUGCCCACAGAAGACUCUCUAUAUCUUUUCCAAGCUCCCAUUUAUUACGGAUUCACAAACAAUCGUCUCCAAGUGUUCUGCAAGCACAAUCUACAGAGCAACGUGUCCCCUGAGAACGUGCUCGCCAUACUUCAGGUCGCGGACAGGAUGAAGGCGGCCGACAUCAAAGAAUACGCGCUUAAAAUGAUCGUGCACCAUUUUGGGGUUGUGGCGAGGCAAGAGGCAAUAAAGAAUCUAGGUCAACCGCUGCUGGUCGACAUAAUCUGGGCGCUCGCGGAGGAGCCGCAGUUCGAGGUGCCCCUCCCGGUCCAGCCGCACUCGCUGCCCUCCUCGUCCUCGGCAGAUACGAUCACGGACGACGCGGACUACGCGCGCAACAAGUGCAAGCCGCCGCACCGACUGCGCCAUCCGGACUACAGCCUCGCCAUCUGGCGCAGUAACAGCGAUUAG